CACCGCCACCGCCACCGCCACCGCCGUUGACCACUACCGCCGCCAGAAGAGAGAGCAGGAGAGACGUGAAGAUAGGAAGAAUAAUUUUCUAAUAUUAUUCAAACAAAGCGCGUCAUGGAAAAGGACAGAGAGAAGGAUGGAUUAGCUCUUCUCCUCUACAGGAAACCUGCAAUCGUACGUAACAAUUGAUUGAACAACGAAGAAGAAAUUUAGUGGUUUGGUUGUCACUCUUGAUUUGUAAUGAUGAUGACGAUUGAGGGUACGAUGGAUGCGACGAUUUUGGACGAUAUCAUUCGAAGGCUUUUGGAAGGAAAAGGGGGAAAACAGGUUCAAUUAUCUGAGAGUGAGAUCCGGCAGAUCUGCGUCAACGCCAGACAUGUCUUCCUUUCCCAGCCCACUCUGCUUCAUCUCAACACUCCCAUCAAAAUCUGCGGUGAUGUACAUGGGCAGUACCAAGACCUUUUGAGACACUUUGAUAGUGGUGGCUUUCCUCCCACUGCAAACUACCUUUUUCUUGGGGAUUAUGUUGAUCGUGGCAAGCAAAGCUUAGAGACUAUAUGUUUGCUUCUAGCCUACAAAGUGAGGUAUCCUAACAAUAUCUUCCUUUUAAGGGGGAACCAUGAAGAUGCAAAAAUUAAUAGAAUAUAUGGUUUCUAUGACGAGUGUAAAAGAAGGUUUAAUGUCCGACUAUGGAAGAUUUUCACCGACUGCUUUAAUUGUUUGCCUUUGGCCGCACUCAUUGACGAAAAGAUACUUUGCAUGCAUGGGGGUCUCUCUCCAGAAUUGGAUAAUGUGAAUCAAAUAAAUGACCUUUCAAGGCCUAUUGAGAUUCCAGAUAAUGGUCUAAUUUGUGAUUUGCUAUGGUCUGAUCCUGAUCCCCAUAUUGAGGGGUGGGCUGAGAGUGAUCGAGGUGUUUCAUGUAUGUUUGGAGCUGAUAGGGUUGCUACAUUUUUGGAGAGAAAUGAUCUUGAUCUAAUAUGUCGAGGCCAUCAGGUUGUAGAGGAUGGGUAUGAGUUCUUUGCGAAACGAAGAUUAGUCACAAUAUUUUCAGCUCCAAAUUAUGGUGGGGAAUUCGAUAAUGUAGGUGCUUUAUUGAGUGUUGAUGAAGAUCUAGUGUGUUCUUUUCAAAUCUUGAAACCAAUGGAUAACAAACCAGUCGAACUCAAACCAGCUGAACACAAACCAGCUGAACACAAAUCAGCUGAAUGCAGUUCUAAUACAUCGGGGUUGACUCUUAAGAAGGCUCUCCUAUCGACGGGCUCUCCUGGCUUUCGCUGAGCAGCUCCCCAAAAGUGGAAGGUUUUGACAUGUGACGCAUCUAGUGGUCUUCACAGAUUGGUUCAAUCCAAGGAGUUUCUCGGGAGCUUGGUUUUGCUAUAGUUGGAAUUUUUUUUUUGGUUCUUUGAUGGUAUUGCUUUAGACAAAACUUGCUAUCCAAUCAGCAUCAAUCAAAAGCUCUAUGAAAUCAAAGCUUGUUGCAAAUUCAAGCUUACAUGAGAUUAGUAUACGAUAUGUAAA